AUGUGGUCGGGUUCUCCUAAAGGAAAAUCACCAGGAGGGAAAGCACCGGUAAAGAAAUCACCUGCCAAUUCUACAGAUGUGUCACCUGUUCCCAUAGUGCCACCACCACCUAAGCCAGGAGCCGAAGAAUGGGUCUACGUGAAUGAACCAAUUCCUGAGGAAAUACCUUCCUUUUUAGUACCUUACUGGGAACUAAUAGAAAAUUCCUAUAUAAACUCCAUCAAAACAGUACUCAGGCAUCUGAGAGAAGAACAGCAUUCUGUGAUUUCUUACUUAUAUGAAGUUAGAACAAAUUUCCAGCAUUUUCUGCGGCGUCCAGAUCACAAACAAGAUUUUGUAUCUCAAUGGCAGGCUGAUUUCAAUGCUCUUCCUGAUGACCUGUGGGAUGAUGAGGAAACAAAGUCUGAACUACACCAAAGAGUAAAUGUAAGGAAAUCUGCGACCUGCUGCACCAGGGUCUCCACACGAGAAUAUUAUGUGUACGAAGAACCUCAGCGCAUUGUCUUUAUAGGCACAGUGCGUUGUCAGAAUGCCAAGUCCUGGAAGAAUCAGAGCCAAAUUCAAGAAACCAUGUCUAGUGCUUCAAAACAAGACCAAGCUAACUGUUUGCUGGAGUUCACAAUCAGCUUUCUGGGUCACCAAUCUGUUCCCCAGCAGCUUGAAAUUCCUCUAAUUUCUCGAAUAUCCAUAUCCCCGGAUUCAGCUAUGUCCAAACCAAAAACAAAGGCCAUACUGAAGGGCAAGAUCGAUUACUCACUGGAAACUGUUGAGGCAAACUUUGAGGCAGAUGAGAAGUUGCUAAUGGACACCUGGCAGCAGGCUUCUUUAGCAAUAUCUCACAUGGUUGCUGCUGAAAUUCAUCAGAGGCUCAUGGAAGAAGAGAAGGAAAACCUGCCAGCAGACACAAAAGAGAAAUCUCCUCAGAUGGGUACAAAUAAAAAAGUCAUAAAGGAACCACCCAAGAAGAAAAAGGCAGACAAAAAAGCAAAAGAGAUAGCCACACAGUUCCGGCUUGAACUGAUAAAGACAAAAGCAUUGGCUUUUCUUGAAGAUUUAUUAACAAAGGUGGUCGAUGUAUAUAAACUCUUGGAAAAGUGGCUUGGUGAGAGGUACUUGAAUGAAAUGGCCAGUGUGGAAAAAUUAACCGAGGUGGCUCGCUAUCACAUUGAAACAUCUACAAAAAUUCAGAAUGAACUUUAUUUAAGCCAAGAAGAUUUCUUCAUUAAUGGCGAUAUGAAAGUCUUUCCAGACCCCCCUCCCCCAGUGCGCCCCCCACCUGUAGAAAAGGAAGAAAAUGGCACCCUGACCAUUGAACAGCUUGAUAGUCUUCGAGAUCAGUUCUUAGAUACCGCACCUAAAGGCAUAAUAGGACAUAAAGCAUUUACUGACAUCCUGCUGGAUCUGGUAACCCUAAACCUUGGGACAAACAACUUACCUGGUAGUUGGAUGCACCUCACUCAACCCGAAUUGCAGGAGUUAACAUCUUUAUUAAUAGUAAACUCGGAGUUUGUGGACUGGCGGAAAUUCCUAUUAGUAAUCUCGAUGCCUUGGAUCAUACCCAUGGAGGAAGAGCUCCUCAAGACCCUGCAGAGGUUCAAGGCCGUGGAUGAAGAGCAGCUGGGCACCAUCACUUUCGAGCAGUAUAUGCAGGCUGGUCUGUGGUUUACAAAAGAUGAAGAUAUAAAAAUUCCAGACAAUCCUCUUGAACCCUUGCCAUUCAAUAGGCAAGAGCAUCUUAUAGAGUUUUUCUUUAGGCUAUUUGCUGACCAUGAGAAGGAUCCACCUCAACUUGACUACACACAGAUGCUGCUUUAUUUUGCUUGUCAUCCAGAUGCUGUGGAAGGUGUCUAUAGGGCCCUCAGUGUGGUCAUCGGGACUCAUGUCUUCCAGCCAAUCGAAACUCUCCCUGUUAUUGCAGAAAAGAUCUCCUCCUUGACUGACAUGAGUCCAGUUGAGGAAUAUCCUGAACUCGAGGGAAACUUUGUGAGUGAGGAAAGGGAACUAAGAGAAGACGGGGAGGGAAAGGAAGAAAUCCCUGAGAAUGCGAACACUGAAAAGAUUUCCAUGGAAAAACUACUCAAAGUGUUCCAAGGAGGAAAAGAAGUACAGGAUGCUAACAGAUUUGCCAGCCACGUACAGAUAGAGAACGCUUACUCAGAGAACUUCGUGAAAGUAUUUCAAGACCUAGGUGCCAAGAAUCUGGAGCCAGUUGAAGUUGCUGUUCUUCUGAAGCAUCCUUUUAUUCAAGAUCUGAUUUCAAAUUAUUCAGACUAUAAAAUCCCUGAUAUUAAAAUAAUUCUCCAAAGGAGUGAGCAUGUACAAGGAAGUGAUGGAGAGAGAUCUCCUUCGAGACUUACAGAAGAAAAGAAAUGAAGACAAGAGUGUGAUUUUUAUAAUUUGACAAUGAAUCUUGCAAACAUCAAUGUAAACAAGGUGUUGGUCAUAUAUGUUGUCAUUGUAGGUAUAGAAAUGACCCCUACCAGGUUAUGAGGAGCAAUGAAAAGGGGGCCUUCCUUAACUCAGAGAAUAUUCUAUAAUAAACCUUAAUUACAGAGCAAAAAUCCAAAGAAAGAA